AUGGGCCUUUUCUCAUCCUCAUCUUCGGCAUCUUUACCACCCCCGAAAAUUGGUGCUGAUGGCGCACCGAUAGCUCCUGAUCGCACACAAAGAUCUCGGUGCUGGGAAGCUAGAGAUGCUUAUUUUAAAUGUCUGGACAAGUCGGAAAUCAUCGAUAGCAUUACGGAGAAGGACAAGGCGGAGAAGGCAUGCGCGGUAGAGAGUAGAGGAUUUGAGAGUAAUUGCGCUACGAGUUGGUACUUUAAGAAAAGAAGAGUUAUGGAAUACCAGCGCGAUCAAACGUUGCGAAGAUUGAAAGCCGAAGGGGCGCAGGAGAUGCCAGGACAGAUGGGACCUUCAGGUUCGGGGCAACGCCCAUGA